AUGGGGAAACUGGAGAACCGCAGCCUGACACUGAAGUACCCGGUCUGGCCGCGCUUCAACUCCAUCGGUGACGCCGAGAUGGACGACAACCACCUGUCCAUCGUCACGUUGGAGGAGAAGCCUUUCGUUAUUGUGGAGGACGUAGAAAGGCUCACUGGUACCUGCAUGAGGAACUCUGUGCCCUGCAGGAAACACAUAAAAGACAACUCAACUGAGGCUGGGGGGACAUAUGUUAAGAAGUGCUGCAAAGGCUUCUGCAUCGACAUUCUGAAAAAGAUUGCCACGUAUGUAAAGUUCACCUACGACUUGUACCUGGUAACCAAUGGCAAGCAUGGCAAGAAAAUCAACAACAUCUGGAAUGGGAUGGUGGGAGAAGUGGUCUAUAAGAAAGCCGUCAUGGCCGUCGGAUCUCUGACGAUCAAUGAGGAGCGUUCUGAGGUCAUCGAUUUCUCCGUCCCGUUCGUGGAAACGGGGAUCAGCGUCAUGGUCUCCCGUAGCAACGGAACGGUCUCCCCGUCAGCCUUUCUCGAGCCAUUCAGUGCAUCAGUGUGGGUCAUGAUGUUUGUGAUGCUACUGCUGGUGACUGCAAUGGCUGUCUUUAUGUUUGAGUACAUCAGUCCUCUUGGAUUCAACCGAAACCUGGCGCAGGGCAGAGACCCCCAUGGCCCUUCCUUCACUAUGGGCAAGGCAGUGUGGCUGCUGUGGGGUCUGGUCUUCAACAACUCUGUGCCUGUUCAGAACCCAAAAGGAACUACCAGUAAGUUCAUAGUGUCAGUGUGGGCCUUCUUCGCUGUCAUCUUCCUGGCCUCCUACACUGCCAACCUGGCCGCCUUCAUGAUCCAGGAGGAGUUUGUGGAUCAAGUCACCGGGCUCUCCGACAACAAG